AGGCUCAAUCAAGAAACAUGGCCGUCGUUGCUAAAAACACUUUAGCAGCGAAAAGCUUGUUUUGCGAUGUAACUUUUGUAUUGCAGCAUAGCAAUUACAGUAUGUUGAGUAAAAAGCCUUUUUUUGUCAUUCGCCAUUUCAGAAGUGCAUCUCGUUUGGCUAAAGGCCAAGGAACUGAUGAUGGAACGAGCGAUUUGACCCCAAAUACUACAAAACAAAAAAAAGAAGUCAGAACCGACUUAUCUCGACUUAGGGAACUUUUGCUUCAAAAAAGUGCCAAAGUAACAAUUUUUCAACCUCCCAUUGCCGAUCCCGAACAACCUGCCGAACCGCGACCUUCAACGAAAGCGAAGAAGACAACGCAUAGUGACUUACCUAAACUAAAGGAACUUUUGCUUCAAAAAAGUGCCAAAGUAACAAAUUUUCAACCUCCCAUUGCCGAUCCCGAACCACCUGCCGAACCGCGACCUUCACCGAAAGCGAAGAAGACAACGCACUUAACGAAGAAAGACACCAAUGUCGCAGGUCAAACAGUUGAUGUCACAAAAAUCACAAAUAUGUUAACAAGCCUGAGUAGGUCUAGCGAAAAUCAUGAAAAGAGUUCCACUCCAUCAAAGAAGAAUAGCGAAAUACUCAAACAACCAAUAAAACUAUCACCACAAAAGACAGUGGACGUUGACGAGAUAAAGGAAGUUCUCGUGGAUCGGAAGGCAAGUAGCCACUCGGUAGAUGAAGCGGUAUUUGCCCCAGGUCAAGCACCUGAUGCGAAGUUAGCUGUAGAACGUAAAGACAUGAAACAAACACAUUUUCGAAGUAAAGGCGGGCCGAAAGGCCAAACAAAGAUACCGCUGGACUUUGGCCCUCGUACUCACAUGUUUGACCAGGUCUUAGAAAAGUGGCCAGAACAGUCAGAUGAUGAUUAUAAAAGUAUUUUUCAAGAGAUGCACGAGCAGGCGGUUAGAGAUCAAGGUAAGGCAACCAUUGCUAGGAGUGGUUUUCAUGACUUGAUUGAGAACGUGAACAAGCAGUGGUCAUUUCCGAUUGAUAACGAGGAAUGCAAAACGAAUGAAGAAGGUGUUGGUUUUGACGAGCACGUAUUCCUAGAGCAUCACUUAAGUGAAUUUCCAAAAACAGGAAAUAUCCGUCAGUUUAUGGAGCUUGUUGUGACCGGACUACAGCAGAAUCCCCACUUGAGUGUGAAAGAAAAGAAGGAACAUAUUGAAUGGUUCAAAGAUUACUUCGAAAAUAUUCCCGACGAACAAGUUAAACUGUAGUUGAAGUUAUAAUGAAGAGCCUUAAGAGACCCUGAUGUGUAUAUAUAUACGUAAAUAUGUAUAUCUUUGUCGAAAUGAACACAACCUAAUUCAUCUUCUCUGCUAGUUAUGCUAGAGUCAAUGUCAGUUGAAAGUCUCUACUUGAAUACAAGCAAAAGAGCUUGCUGCGCUUUA